AUGCGUCUCUAUCAACAUUCAUCUCGAUGUCCAAUAGCACUUCGUUUAUUUCUCGAUUGUAAUCCAAGUUAUUGGUGUUUUAUUCCUCUAUCUUGUGAUGAACAAGCAACAGAAAAUACUGUUGAUUUGCAAGGAACUUCUGAUACAAAUUCAGUAUCGGUCCCUGUGAUAGCGAAUGCUGUCGUAAACAAUCCUAGAGUGAUUCAGUAUUGCAUUCGUGUGCCAUCACCACCAGCUGCCUAUGUCUUCUCAGAUGGACAACUGCAACAACAUCAUUCAUUUUUCGAACAAAUGGUCGCCUCGCCCAUUCAACAGUUGCCUUAUGUUAAAAUAGACUUGUAUAGAAUGGCGAUCAUUGCCGUUUUACCAGAUGAUCGUUCGAUUAUAUUACGAUACAUUAUUGAAACAUUAUUCAUUAUACAUGCUGAAACUAAAUUGAAUAUGAUUUGUCCGAUUGGUGGUAAUGCUGAACAACGCUGUGGUCGUCCAUAUGAUCUCAUUUGGUGUGCUAAUUUGAAUCAUUCAUCAAUGUGA